AUGCUUAUUCUUUUCUUUAUAAAAUCUUUAGAAACAUGGGAUAAUUAUAGCGCACCUAACUAUAAGUAUGGUGCUACAUUAAACAACGAUCAUUUUGGCCCGCAAUAUAAGAUAUUAGCCGAUGAAUCUUUGGAUGAUUCUUCAUCGUCUUCGUCUUCAUCAUCAUCUUCAUCAUCUGAAGAUAUAGAAACACCUCCACCAACUCCUACAGCUUCCCUUCAUCCAACUCCUACAGCUACACCAACACCAAGAACUCCUUCUCCUACUGAAUCAACACCAUCUCCUUCUCGAACUAUCAGCCCUUCUAGAAGCAUUUCUCCAUCACCGUCAAUAAGUUUAAUUCCGACACCUGCUGAAACAACACCUGCAAAUACACCAACAGAAUCUCAAACACCAAUUAUUACGUUUAACCCUAUUCAGUAUCCUGACUCUUCGCCUGUAUUUACGCUAUUUCUAAUAAUCUUCGGUGGUGUAGUACUUGUUAUAGCUGCUGUAGCAUUGAUAUUCAUAUUUUCUCAAUUUGGUGAUGCUAUGGCACCACUUCUAGCUGAUGUCGAACUUUAA